AUGAAGUUUAAAAUCGACAAAAGGCUACUGCCUGUAAAGGCGCAUUUUUUCUUCUUCUUUGCUGCGCUGGGGCCGCUGCUGCCGCAGAUGAACGUGUUCGGCAGGCAGCUGGGCAUCUCCCCGGAGGCCAUGGGCCUGGUGACGGCGGUGCUGCCACUGCUGUGGGCCGCCGCGAAGCCCCUCUUCGGAUACGUGGUCGACUAUUGGCCCAGCCAGAGGAAACUGGUCUUUAUGCUUCUCAUCGCGGUAAUGACGGGCUCGUACUGCGGCCUGUGGUUCCUGCCGGCGCCCGAAGAGCCGGAACCGCCUGCGCCGCUCGUCCGCUCCGUGUACCGGCUUAACGAUACGGUGCUGGUCGGCCCGCGGGGGGAAGACCCGGGCCUCCAGAACCUGAGCUGCCGUUGGACUUGCGACCGCGGUGACGUCAUCGGGAUGCUCCUCCCCAACGCCACGCGCGUGGACCGCGUGUUCGUGGAGGGGCCCGUCACGAACGCCACUUGCUCGCUCCUGGGCAUGGGCGCCGCGGGGGUGCGAGAGGGACGGGCUGCGUGCGCGCCGCGCGACGGCUGCGACCUGCUCUGCUACGAGGACGCCGCCCUAGAGGAGGCGGUGGCGGGGGGGAACGGUUCCGUGCUGGAGAAGACCACGGGCAACAGGGAGGGUGUUAGUGAAGAGGGGCCCGCGGUCUACUUGACGGCGGUCUUCUGGGCGUUCGUGGUGCUGAUGUGCGUCGGCACGGUGGCGUUCAACGUGGCCAAUUGCAUAGGGGACGCCGUUUGCUUCGACGUGCUCGGCCCCGACGGCGGCUCGAAGUACGGGGCGCAAAGGGCCUGGGGCACCGCAGGGUACGGCAUAACCGCCCUGCUCGGCGGCUGGCUGGUGGACGCCGUGUCCGGCACCCACAAGAACUUCACGCCCGCCUUCAUUGUGGCCCUAGUGGCCACGGCCGUCGACCUGUACAGCUGCACGGCCCUCACGCUGCCGUCACUGAGCAGCCCCGAGGACUCUGGGAAGGCGCUCCGCGAGGUGCUCCGCAUCCCGAGGGUCGUGGUGUUCAUCGUGUUCGCCGUGGUGGCCGGCACCUUCGACAGCUUCAUCAUCUACUACAUGUUCUGGUUCCUGGAAGAAUUGGCCGAGGAGACCGGCUGUAUGGGCAAGAUCAAGCUGAUAGAGGGAGUGGUGGUGGCGGCGCAGAGCUUCAUAGGCGAGCUGCUCUUCUUCUUCUUCUCCGGUAAGAUAUUGGAGCGCUGGGGCUACCGGACCACUCUCACGUUCUCCCUCUUCUGCUACGGAGUGAGAUUGGCGCUCAUCUCCCUGAUACAGCAUCCCUGGCACUUGGUCUACAUCGAGGCCGUGAUGCAGGGCCCCACUUACGCGCUCUGCUACUCGACCAUCGUGGGCUACGCGGCCCACGUGGCCCCCGAGGGCUACUCCGCCACCGUCCAGGGCAUCGUCGCCGGCAUGGACGACGGAGUGGGCUUCGCCCUGGGCUCGCUGCUGGGCGGGCAGCUGUACGCCAGGGCAGGGGGGCGCGGCUCGUUCCGCUGGCUGGCGGCGGCGGCCGUGGCGGCGGCGGCCGCGCACGCCGCUCUGGCCGCGGCCGGCGGCGGAGAGAGUGAGUGGGGGAGAGAGAGGGAGAUAGAGGGGGAGGGAGAGAGAGAGAGAGGGAAAGGGAGGGGGAUAGAGGAGGAGGGAGAGGAAUGGGACAGAGUGGUGAGAGAGGGGGAUAGAGGAGAAGGGGAGAGAGAGAGAGAAAGGUGGGAGCGCAGGCAG